AUGUCCGAGAAAGAAAUCCGAGAGCCUAUCGCAGGCGACGCUGACUUCAACGGCGACCAAGAUGCGGUCUAUGGCAGAGGCAGCAUCGCCGCUACGCAGAAGUCGAGAUGGGAGCGUAGCUGGCCUGUCAUCGCCUGCGGUUCUGGUCUCUUCUCCGAUGGUUUUAGUCAAAGCAUAAUUGGACCUGUCAACACGAUGUUGAAAAUCCUGUACAAGGACGAGUAUACCAAGUCAUCGGCGCAGCAGAAUGUCUCAUCGAUCGCCUUUGCGGGCACCGUCCUGGGUCAACUGGUCUUCGGCUAUACAUCCGAUCAUUACUCCCGCAAGAACUCGCUGCUGAUUAGUACAAUUAUUUUGAUCGUGUUUGCAGCACUCGGCGCUGGAUCCUAUGGUGCAGGUGGCUCGAUUCAGGGCCUCUUUGCCGCUUUGACAGCCUAUCGCUUUUUGCUUGGUAUUGGAAUUGGUGGUGAAUACCCUGCCGGAUCUGUUGCCUGUGCUGAGAGCACAGGUGAGCUCAAACAUGGCCACCGAAAUCGCUGGUUUAUUCUCUUCACGAACUUCAUGAUUGACAGCGGCUUCUGGGUGGCUUCUCUGGUUGCAAUGAUUGUCGUUCUGGCGACUGGCGAGAAUCAUCUCCGAGCAGCAUGGCGCAUCUGUCUGGGCCUUGCUGUCAUUCCACCUCUGUCACUUCUUUGGCUACGAAUCAAGCUUAAGGAGCCCGAAUCCUACAAUCGGGCCAAGAUGUCGAAGUACCCAUGGUGGCUCAUUGUGAAGUUCUAUGGAUUCCGACUCGCUAUUGUCAGCCUGAUCUGGUUUCUGUACGACUUCUCCUCAUACUCAUUCAGCAUCUACAGUUCAUCUUGGCUGGUCUACCUUCUGCCCGAGGACGCCCCUCUCUGGAAGUCUUUUGGCUGGAGCACAGUCAUCAAUCUGUUCUACGUGCCCGGCGCGUUCCUGGGAGCAUUCGUCAGUGAUUGGAUAGGACCGAAGUACGCGCUCGCUCUGGGCGUUAUUCUGCAGGGUGCCGUCGGGUUCCUGAUGUCCGGUAUCUACGAACAUCUCGACAAGGCCUCGGCUGUUGGUGGAUUCGUUGUCAUCUACGGCAUCUUUCUUUCGCUCGGCGAGCUCGGGCCUGGCGACAACAUCGGGCUUAUUGCUUCGAAGACUUCCGCUACCUCUAUCCGGGGUCAAUACUACGGUAUCGCUGCGGCGAUUGGCAAGGUUGGAGCUUUCGUCGGCAAUUACAUCUUCCCAGAUAUAAUUGCAGCAGGCGGUAACGACCCUGUCAAACAAGGGCAGUAUCCGUUCUUCGUCUCGUCAGCGCUGUGUAUCUUCAGUGGUAUCAUCACUUUGAUCUUCAUUCCGAACAUUGGGCAAGACACAAUCGACAACGAGGAUGCUCGGUUCAAGGAGUAUCUGAAGCAGCAUGGGUACGACAUCGAUACUCUGGGUACGGAGGAGUUCAAGGCCAGGAGGAACUCGGUCACGGCAUGA